UUAAAUCAGGGUUGAACGGUUGCACUCCAGAUAGUUGUUAGGUGUUAACAGAUACCUUGUGCACGUUGGAAGCACUAAGUAAUUAUUUUUUGUGUUUAGGGUACUAAUCCUUCAUAUAAACAGGAACAAGGUCAUGCACAAAGUUCUCAACCUCAAGCAAAGGUUAACAAUAUCAAAGUUCGAAAUUUGUACUUUCUUCAUCAUCAUGGCUAGAGCAAGUGUGAUUUUCAGUUUAGCCUUCACUGGUUUGAUUAUGUUGUCUAUUUCACGGUAUUCAUUAAAUAAUUACUGGCUGCAAAAAGAUUACAGAUAUGGCGCUAGGGGUUUCAAAGCUUGCUCAAACGUUACCAAAGGCCGAGCCAAUGGUCUUGAACGCGCCAGGAGCAACAUUGGAAAAGGAUGGUAAAACACAAACAAACUUACAGGAUGGUGAGGUACAUAGGGGUGGGACUGUAGAACUUAAUGCAGUGAAUGGGUUAACCCGUGUAAAUGAUGGUGGAGGUGGAGGUGUGAACUUGAAGAAAGGUGAGAUUAGGCAAGGUCCAAAAUAUGAACAUGUAGAAAUCACAAAGGGAGCGGCAUCUGUGAAACGAAGCUCGGAUGCUACAGUGGACCUAAAAAAAGGUCAGGUAACUACUGAUGCAAAAGCUGAAGCAAAUAUCCCCGGUGUGGCAAACGUGAAUGUAGGUGUGUCAAAGAAGGGAAAGGUAACGAAAGAAGCGUCCGGAGUGAAAAAGAAUAAUGGAAACUACAAAUAAGAUGCAGGCAGCAAAGGAGGCUAGGGUUUGUCAGUUUAUUUAUCUUUGAAGCAUGUACUCGUUUGAGUUCAUUUCUUCAAAAUCUGUUUGAUUUCACCAAUGAUGUGUAAUGUUCUUGUUGUCGGAAUAUUUUGCCUGUUCUCCAUUUAAAUAAAAGUUAGGUAUUAGUUUGUUUUUUUUUUAAGCAUAUAUUCGUUCAAUCAGCUUACGACUUU